AGCACGACCGAGGAACUGUCAAGGGAUUGUAGUGGCCAAAGGGAUUAGAAAGGACACACACACACACACACAUAACACCAACCCACAAAAUCAAGACCUCAGGUUUGGCCUUUUGUUUUGCAAACGGACUUUCAAGCUAUUCCGAAUGAGUUCAUCUCGAAAGUCGGGGGUGCAAGUGGAGAGUGGAUGCGAGUGAAUUUUUGGUUUCUCAUCCUGAGUUGAAAAGCUAAAAAGCUAAUGUGUGUGUCUUGGAGGGUGCUUCAAGUUGGGUGUCAUCGAUUUUUAGGCCUUUCUCAAAAGACUGGCUUGUCAGGCGGCGCUUGGCAGCUGGGGUACUGUAGGGUAGAGGGAAGGCCUCUGUGGUUCAAAGGACAGGAUGAAGGCCAAAGGAACAAACCGUUGAAGAAUGAGCGAAAGUGAAUUGGGGUGAGGUCCAGCCAUCCCAAACGAUCGGUAAUUGGCACCAUGACUUUGGAAAUGUCUCAGUUCGGCUCGGAGUUGGGCCUUGGUCCGGGAAUGGUCAAUGGGUCCAAUUCUCAUAAUAGUCUCCAGUCGGGGGACUCGAUUGUGACAUCAUGCAGUGCCACGGUGGGCGGGCCUUCCAUGGUGGUGAGCAUUCCAACCAAUGAAUCUCGAUACGAAGAUGAUCUUCUGGAUGACCAUGUACAUAGUGCCGAUGAUUAUGAAGAUCACUUCGAGGGUUUGGAAGUGGGCAACGAUCAUGUUCCUUUGGGUGACAUACUGGAAAAACUCGAAGCUUGCUCAGACGCCAAAAGCGGUCUGAUCAGACUUCAUGCUUCCGCUGAAAACGGCUCACCAACAAUUUCAGCCACAGUUAAUGUUGCUACACUGGACUUGAGUGAUCCUGAAAGUAUUCAUCAGCACUUGUCCCAACUGAAUGACACCGUGCUCAAAGUUUCUACCACAUGCCUCAAUCUCAACUCUGUUGCUCUCCCAUUGGAUGCCUACAACAACAACAACAACAACAAGAACAACAACAACGACGACGACAACCACCACCACCACCACCACCGCAUUGUUAAUGAUCAUAAUAGUAAUAGAAGUCACAACCGCCAUCACCAGAACAACAACAAUAAUAAGAAUAUUAAUAUUAGUAAUAAUUAUAACAAUAAUAAUAAUUACGAUGGGAAAGUUGAAAAUAAUGAGGACUCCACAAAAGUUAAUAACGAGAACUUAGAUACCUGCUCCAAUGAAGAUGUGGACGAUCUAUCGUCAUUGGACGACACUCAACACCCCACUUCAACUCAUUCAAAGUUGGACUCGCAUGUGGACAUCGGUACGACGUCCAAUGUCUCGAGCUUGUUGUCGUCCCUGAUCGAUACAAGUCCCUCAACAAUGCCACCCACCCCAACCACAAAUCUGCUACCAACAGCACCAUGCCCGCCAGUGACCUUGUCGUCCCUCAAUCCCUUGCCACCUCAAAAUCAAACUUCUCCAUCCCACCCAAGCGUCAACACUCAAUCAAUAACGAAGUCUCCAGCUCUUGCACGGAGAACCAACUCCAAUGGUAAACCCAUCACACAGAUAUGCAGUAUCUGCUCAAAAGCCUUCAGCAAUGCUUCAGCUUUGGCUAAGCAUCGACUUACUCACAGUGAGGAACGACGCUACCAGUGCAACAUUUGUAGUAAAGCCUUCAAAAGGCAAGAUCACCUAAAUGGUCAUUUGCUUACGCACCGAAGUACGAAACCUUUUGCUUGCAUGGCAGAUGGAUGUGGCAAGUCGUAUUGCGAUGCCAGAUCCCUAAGGAGGCAUAAAGAGAACCACCACAGUAACCUCAAAGAGCUAUCAAGUGGCCCGAACGCACCGAACAAUCAAGACAAUAAAGCUGAUGCUUCAACUCUGAACCUAUCAGAAUAUGAGCCAUCCGGAUCCAACGAGGAAAAUUCACUAGAUCAAGUAAGUCCUGGACCUGUGGUCAAGACAAAAGGGCUCUCUCCUAAGCAAUUUCAAUUGAUAGAGCAACUCAUUCGCGACUCGAAAGCUUCCAGCACAAAAGCGGCAGCAGCCCUCAAGCCCUCCAUAUCAGCCUCUUCUGACAAUCCAGGCUCUGCUGCCAACCAUGAGGCCUCCGUUACGGCCUCCACCAUAGCUGCUAAGGCAUUGGCUGCUGUGCAAAGCAAGGCAUUCCAAUUGACGGCUAUGGGAUCUGUGCCCUCGACAACUCCGAUAGGAGAACUUGCUCAAACCAAUCCACCUUCUGUGCCUCUCCCAGAUAAACCUGUGGAGUGUGCAAUUUGCCAGAGGAAGUUCAAAAAUAUUCCAGCCCUCAAUGGUCACAUGAGGCUCCAUGGAGGCUAUUACAAGAAAGAUGCCGAUGGUCGACGAAUUAUCCCUCAGCAACCAAUUGUUUCUCAAUCUCAUUCUACCACCCUUAACAAUACCGCCACGACUAAUGACAACAGUACACCAUCUACGUCCCAUCUUCGUCCCCUUUUGGAGGAAGGCAUGAAGAAACGCAAGCAUGAAGAUUCUGGUAAAGGUGUUAUUACCGCCUGUAUGGGCAAUGACAAACUUCCUCCAGAGGCCAUCAAGAUGCUUCAUCAACAUAAUAGCUCAAAUCAACCACCAAUGAAGAUACCUAAUCUAUCGACAUCGACGACAGCCUCAACUCCUCAAUUGACGAUAACUCCGGCUACCCCAUCAACUCCUCUUCCAAAUCUGUCUUUUCGAAGUCUGCCUCCACCCAACACCUCUCAGCUUUUGGCAAAUUUAGAAAUCAAGGCGAAGGAAAGAGAGAGCUUUGCUAACCCUGUGACCAGUGGAUAUGGAGAUUACCCCAGUGACGUGAUAUCCAUGGUGACAAGUGCUAGCAAUGUUGCCACCUCGGUCCAAUCUUUGGCAGUUCCGGUAAGCAAUGAGAAGCUUAUUUUCCCCAAUCGACCCGUGCCCAUGAACUCGGUCUCCUAUACAUCAUCGCACCUAUUGAAUCUAUCGUCAAAUAUGGCCACCACGGUGGCCAAUGCCCUCAGUAGCGUGAUGACUUCGAGCACCUAUGGGCCUAGCCUGAUAUCAAGCCCUCAUAUACAAAGACCGCCUUCUCCGCCGUUGUUUCGGAUUCCCACCCAAAUGUUGAGAGUGGACACAACCCUUGACAAGACGCCGAAAGUAGGGCCCGAGCAUCAGGCGGAUAUUCCCGACCUAUUGCACUUCGAGCCGGAGGAUCUAGAAUGCGAGAUCAUGUGGGAUCCUGCCAUGGGUGAUAGGGUUGACUCUCAUGCCAUGCAAUCCUUACUGCAGUUGGCUUCAAGUUCCCUGAUGCCUGGAGCAUCCAAGAACGAGGAGACUGCCUUGAAGAUCCUUCAAACCAAUGGAGGAGACGUCGAAGCCUCGCUCCAGCAGCUCUUGAGCGUUGAUGUUCUCGAGUCCGAGAGUGCUUGGAGUGAGAGCGAGGUGAACUCGUUCUACGAAAGCUUAGUGCAUCACCAUAAGAACUUUUCGAGGAUCGCACGAGAGAUUGGUUCCAAGUCUGUCAAAGAUGUGGUGGAGUUCUACUAUCUGUGGAAGAACAUCUGUCGGGAUGAGAGUCAAAGCUUCAAGACGAUCUUUUCCAGCACCUUGAAUGUGUCUGCUCAAGUCAACGGUAAAACUGGUAUUCCUGAUGGCGAGUUGUCGCAUAAUAACAACGACAACUCCUAAAAAAUCAAACAUAAACCUGGUGCGUGUGGUGUCAGUUAGAAAUGAGUCUCCGUUAUGAAUUGAAACUUGUUGAGGUUUUGAUCGCCCUAGAACGCUCUCUCAGAUAGUAACCAAUAAGCAGUGCUCAAUUUUGAUUCAAUUCCCAUUUGAUCUAGCUUCAAACUGAAUUUACCUGGAAUCUUUUGACUUUACAUAGACUUUACAUAGCUUUCCAUCCUCUGAAUUUCAGGUCUAGCCUAGACGUUGUCAUCAACUUUUUUUCCCUUCUUCUUAGAAUUUGCUACGCUCUUUGCGUUUCAGCAGUUAAUAAUGAAUGCCAUUCGUUCUUGUGGCAAAACAAACACCGGAAAGGCAUUUCAAUAAUAGCUUUUGGUAGUCAGAUUCAACAGGAAACGCAACUACUAGCUUCAACUGUACAAUGGUUCGAGGAUUGAUCCCUCGUUUAGAAGAGAAUAACCAAAACACUUUGUCCACUAGACUUUGACCCGUCCUGAGCAAUUGACAUUCUAACUCUGGAACUCGAGCUCACGUUCCGGUUUGAUAUAUGCAGUCCUUUUGAUCAGGAGUUGUCAAUUCGUAACCUGCCAAUGCAAAACUUAGUUAUUCCAUUCCGUUGCCAUAUUUCUACGUUUUGUUAGAUGAAUCACUCUUGAUUUCCGCAUUCUUUUUACCACUUUAGCCAGAGAAUGAGAGAGCGCCCAUCUUUCCCCCAAAAGACAUCCUAUGAAGCCAUGUUCUAAUCAAUUAUGUACUUCUCGUAGAAAUGGCGAGGAGUUCAGGAAUUCCUCGCCAUAGAAACUGAAUCAAGAUCCUUGUACCUUUCAUCAAUCUAGCCAAUCGUCAAGUCAACCAAGACAAUCUCUAUGACUUUAUGAAACAUAUGUAAGGAUGAUGGAUAGCCGCCAAUUCGAAACUCUGACUUACUGUGGUACUACCCUAUUUGGAAUCCUCCUCCUAUUGUUCUGCCGGCCAGCCCAUAAUCAGGCCCAUUUCAUGUGAUUUUUUGGAAUGCCGUCAAUCUACUAUUUGGUGUGAUAAUUUACUCAGAUCCCAUCCUUUUAUGUAAAUCAAACUUCUCCGAUCCCCAACAACAUCCGUCGUCAUGUGCGCUCCACGGCUCAAAGUCCAAAACACGUGGUGCGCUCCCUACCCAUCCUAAAAGACAUCAGAUAUUCCACCCAAACUCAAUGUACAAUCCUCUACAUGAAUCCAAAAAGACAAUCCUUUUUCAGGCAACACUUGCUUGCAAGACUCAAAACUUCUUGAAUCAUUCAGGACUGGCGCUUUUAAAAGUCAGGCGGAAUUGACCUGGCCCAAAAAACCUACAAUAACCGAACAAUCAAAGAAUCAAAGUCUCAAUUCUUCUUUGCUCACAUAUAAUUUUCUACCAAUUUUACAAGAAAGGCACCAUUAUUUGGCUUCAACUUGUUAAAUUGCCCUUCACUCCACUAUUGUUUCUGUUCCCAGUUGUUAGCGGUACAAUUAGAUGUCAAAUCCUAACCCAAAGAAAACGUUUUGGCCCCUCUUGACCCUUGAUGAGUUUGCUGCAUUCCCAUUUUGAGUGUUUGUUAUGUAAGAAGUAGGAAAUAUUAAUGCUAAAAGACAUUUUUUGCCCUGUGGGCAUUCUUUUGCUCUACUAGUGUAUAUUGAAACCAGAGCCAUUUUACCCUCAUUAUUAUUAUUAUUAUUAUCAUUAUCACUAUUACAACCAUUAUUCAUUGACUUUACCUAUAUAGUAUUUAUGUAUUGUUGUUACCGCAAAUUAGCUUUCUAUUACCCUCUAAACCAUACUCCCCAUUUUAGAAACUCUUUCGUGUGUUGAACUCUAGCUUUUCAUAUUUCAAAAAUAUUAUACCACAAAAAUGAAUAUAUUUAUGAUGACAGCCAUCCAAGUAAUCAAAGCAAAUGAACUGCAACUGCUGCUACCAUUUUUGGUCAGAAUCGUCAUUUUUUGCUUCAAGUUGUUCAAUUUCAACUUUUCUUAGUGUGAAAACAAUAUUAUACCACUCUCAGAUUUGUCCUCAAUGAUUCACUAGUUGCGAGUCAACGCUCUUCCUCGCCAGAGGGCUCUUAUUCAAGUUCACUUUGUUAUUUGCUGCAUCUUCUCUUGUUCCUCAACUAAAUAAAUGCAUUCAAUUGAAAAAAAAAACAUGUGCGCGCAGUUCGAUUCUU